GUGACGCGCCGUCUGGUUCCCGGUCCUGUACCGGAGGAGGAUCGGUGUCUCCUCACUGAAGGAAGCCGGAGAGGAAGGAGACAGACGCAGGAUCGCUGUGCGGCUCCUCCAGCAGCGCUUUACGGACUAACCGCAUCAUCUGGAGCUCCUGUUUGGAUCGGAGCCGAAACCAUCAGAGCUGGAGUGGUUCUGCACAGCGGAAAACUGCUACGGUGGACCGGAGUGAACUAGCCUGCUUGCUCAUCUCCUGAUCCAUCCCCUUGUCUGUCUGAGAAGCAAUCUGAUGACAGAACUUCGGAGGAAGGAGAAAAAGGACUACCUGCUAUGGCCAGUGCAGCUGAUGGUCCAGGUAACAUUGGAGCCGAGCAGGACCAGCUAAACGUCCCUGUAGCUGAUCAUGGAGCCUGGGCCACGGCCAUGAAUAACCUGGGCAUCAUGACGGUGGGGAUCAGCGGGCAGCAGCUCGUUUCAGAUUUAGGAUAUCGGAUGCGUAUCGGUUCGAGCACAGAUAAAAAGGACUCUGGAAGGAUCCAUGUGGACUUCGCCCAGGCCAGAGACGACCUGUAUGAGUGGGAGUGCAAACAGCGCCUAUUAGCCAGAGAGGAAAGGCAUCGACGAAAGAUCCACGAAGACCGCCUGCGUCCGCCGUCGCCUCCUCCCAUCGUACAUUACUCUGAACAUGAGGCGGGGCUGCUAGCCGAGAAGCUAAAAGACGACAACAAGUUCAGCGAGGCCACAGCUGUCCUCUUCACCUGGAUUGACAGAGGCGAAGUCAACCGGAGGACCGCCAACCACUUUUACUCCAUGAUCCAGUCAGCAAACAGCCACGUUCGCCGGCUGAUGAGCGAAAAAGCUCUGCAUGAGGAGGAGUUCGAGCGAGCCAAGGAGAUCUUCAAGAACGCCCUGAUGGGCAUCCUAACACAGUUCGAACAGAUCACCGGCAUUUUCACGGCCGCCACCAGGCAAAAGGCAUGGGACCAUUUCUCAAAAGCACAGCGCAAGAACAUAGACAUUUGGCGCAAGCAGUGUGAGGAGCUGAGAAAUGCUCACAGUGAGGAGAUAAUGGGGAUCCGACGAGAAGAGGAGAUGGAGAUGUCAGACGACGAUUCAGACGAUAUCCCCAACAAGAGGAUGCGCACUGAAGAAAACGGAGUGGGUGAUCAGACCCUGGCCUCUCUGAAGGAGGAGAACGACUCCCUGCGUUGGCAGCUGGACGCAUACAGGAAUGAAGUUGAGCUUCUGAAGAAGGAGCAGAGCAGAAUCAGCAGACUAGACGAUGAUCACGCUCAUCCACAGGCACUAACACAUGCUAACAGCCCAGAGGCUCAGAUCCAGCUGCUGCAGCAGAGCAUGCACAGCAUGCAGCAGCAACUCCUGAGCCUGCAGGAGAAGCUGUCGAGUAAGGAAACUGAGCUGGAGCAGGCGAGAGAGGAGCAUCGGUACCUGGAGAUGGAGGUGCUCUCACUCAGAGACAGGCUGUUUAGUAGUACAGGCGAGUCCGUGGAGGGAACCAACGGAGAGCUUCAUGAAAAGAGCAUGAAUGGAUGCAUUCCCUCACCGUACCUCAGCAGAGACAGGAGGAGUGAGUUCAUGAGAGGAGGAGUCGCUUCAGAGAAAGAGGCUCUGCUGCUGGGUAUUAUAUCCACGUUCCUCCACGUCCAUCCAUUUGGGGCCAAUCUUGAGUAUCUUUGGUCGUACAUACAACGGCUGGACUCAAAGGUGUCUGCCAGCGAACUGGAGCGUCUCAUGGUGCGUCUGCCCACUAUGUUCCGGCAGGAGCUGAGCGGCGUUGGCGCAACGUUGGAGAAACGGUGGAAGUUCUGCGGCUUUGACAGCCUCAGCUCGGCGUGACGUAGGGAGGGUGCACACACACAGAGGAAGGACCUUUAUUAAACCAGUUUGUGUGCGUGUGUGCCUACCUCUUAACUCAAUACUCAGUCGAGCACUGGAACUCAUGGACUAGACAAACACUGAAGCCUGAGAGAAGCUUGUGGAGCUUCAGGGGGAAUUGCUGUUUUAUAACAAAGCCCACCGGGACACAAAAGCUCUGAGGCCGUUCUGUUGGAGAUGCCAAGGCUGUCUUUCCUUUGAAGCUUCCUGGGACGUGAAGCAUGUCUACAGGAACACCAUCCACAGAAUUAUGAACCGAUAAUCCGGCAUACCAAAGUCAACCCUUCAGAGAUUAUGUUUGUUGGUCACCAGAUUACAGGUUUCAGGUCUCCUGGUGAACCAUGUUUGCAGCACUGGUAGAUCAGAUCUGGGAUUGCUCUGGAAACUGUUAUACUUUUGUCUUCAUUUUGCAAACAUUCACUGGUACCUUUGCUGAAGAGCUGGUAGCAGGUUCUAAUUAAGCUACUGCCAUGCUUCCUAAAGUUGUCAAGAGUUGAGGGACUUUUCCUUUUUAAUAAAUGACGGUUUGGAUCUGCAGUGAUCUGUCAGCUGCAUAUAUUUAUUUGUUUGAAUUGUAAUGGUCCUUCUGACUGCAUUUCCAU